AUGAAGCUUUCUGCCGUUGCUGCUCUCCUUGCCCUUUCGGGCGCCUCUGCCUACACCACACCCAGCCGUGCUUCCCUUCGAAGCAUGGGACAGAAGUCUGUUGGCGUUAGCAGUGGACCCCAGCGCAAUGCUGGCUCCACCUUGAAGAUGGAAGAUUUCGGUCUCUUCAAGGGCACCAAAUUGAGCUUUGAUGAUGCGUGGGCUGGUGAGGUUGUCAUCUCCGAGAGUGCCUUGGAGUCCAAGCUUAACGAGGACGGUCUGCGAUUCCGAAUGAACAGAACCCCAGAGGAAGCCGCCGAGUGUGGAGACAUGUACGACCUUCCCGGAUUCACUGUCAACCUCCCCUUGAUUGGAGAGACCUACCUUGGACCUCCCAAGGUUGCUGACAUCUGGGAAGCUAUUGGUUUCACUGCCACAUCCAACAACGAGGCCCGACAACAAGAAAAGCUGAAGGCCAUUGAAAAGGCCCGCAACUCCAACAAGGGUGUCUUGAACGGACCCGGAAAGGAAAUCCGUGCCGAAUGGCUCGAGAAGUACGGAUACCCCCGUCUGGUAGGAUCUGGAGGUAUCUUCUACGCUGAUCAGCUCUCCACCGACAAGCAGCCCAUGGGAGGAUUCAACAUGGGAAAGAGUGGAAGCAUCUGGCCCGUUCCCGAAGUUGUUGAAGAAGGACAAUACGGAGGAGAGAAAGGAUGGGGAAUGAAAAAGGCCGGACGUGCCGUCGAUGAUCUUCCCCCAAACACCAAGUUCUAA